AUGACCUGCGUGCAUUCUGGUCAGGCUUUUAGCCUGUCAGUUUGUCGUGCUCUUCAAGAGUGGUUUGAGGCGGAUGAUCUCCGCCGCAUUACCUUCGUCUAUGUCCCAUCCGCACUGCGGUGGGAUAUUCAUGGUGAAGCACACAAGUAUGUCACCGAACUCAAAGUCAGGGUUGGACGUCAGCUUCAACAGCCUGACGGGCGGCCGCUACAGCCAUCGUACCUCAAUGGGGGACCUUGGCUUUCAACUUUCAGACACAGUAUCACUGAGUUCGCUCGCGUUUGCCGGUGUAUAACUGGCCACACGCCCAUUGGAGUGUAUUACCGUCGCUUCAAGAUCAACGAGCCUCAUGGCUGCACUUGCGGGGCUGCUUUGCAGUCCCGUCAGCAUAUUCUCUUUCGCUGUCGCGAUCGCUACUCCGUGCACUACCCCCGAUUCCUUGGGGACAUUGCAGCUUUUAUGAAGUACAACCCUACGGCGUUUGGCUUCACCCGGGACCCUUCGGGGGUCGGAUAA